GCCUCGGCAUUCAACGGCCCUAAGAGCUUAAUUGCUGCUGCAGGAGGAAGCUCCAACGCCCUUAGCUGUCAUCCACGGACCCAUUUCCUCCAGGAAAGGAGCACCCAUGUAUACCGAUUAGUACGAAGUAUAAUCCAAUACUUUCUUCUCUUUCUUGUCAUCCCUAUAACCAUGCCGUUAAUGUUUAGCAUGUAAUUCUCCCGAACUGCUGAGAGAUCCUCAGCUGCAGCCGAUACGAAAAGUGUCCGUUCCAUCGAUCCCAUAUUCGCCCACGAGAAUAGCAUCAUGGCGCAACAAGAUGAUCCGACGCGCGACUCUGCGCCUGAUUUGCAGAUAUUAGGUGACCAGAUUACCCUCCAGCCGAGGAGCUAUGUCGAAGCUCGCCGCGAGGAUGGUCAAGAAGAACCCUUGAUGCAUAACAUGGCUCGCUUCCGCUCAGAGCCUCUGCAAUUUCUUCGUGAAGUUUCCUUAUACGUUUCCGGCACAGGAUGGCGAGCUUACGACAAGGUCAUCGGUCAACCAAUCUUUUACUCUGGCUUCUCCGAACAGAUUAAAAACUCCGUCGUAUCCGCACCCCUUUUACAGGCCCGAAUAUCCCAGCUAGCCGACAAGCGACUGGAAUUCGAGGAGAAUGAAGGAUGGUUUAAGGAAGAUGACAAAGAUUUCAUUAUUAAGAAGGCCCAAAGGCGAGCUGUCAUAGAGGCGGGCAUUCGAGAAGUCGCGGAAAAGAUGACGAAUGAUAUGAUUUGCAAAUUCGAGAGUAAAACCUUCAUCAGAGGAGCAUACUAUUUGGUUACACAGUUGCUUACAAGGGCAUAUCAUCAAGGGAUACAUGUCUCCAGCGAAGAGGUUUUGAGAUUAAGAAAAGUAGCCGAGGUGGCAGAGGCAAAGAAGCAAAGCAUCAUAUUCUUGCCUUCCCACCGAUCUCACGUUGAUUACGUUUCUAUGCAAUUAAUUUGCUACCGUCUGGGAUUAGCAUUACCCGUUGUCGUCGCAGGGGAUAAUCUUAAUUUUCCGGUCGUUGGAAGUUUUCUACAACAUGCAGGCGCAAUGUGGAUUAGACGGUCCUUCGGGAAUGACACGCUUUACACAACACUUGUACAAGCUUACAUAGAUACCCUCCUCCAAGGAGGAUAUAAUUUCGAGUGUUUCAUAGAGGGUGGUCGUUCAAGGACAGGCAAGCUCCUUCCUCCCAAAUUUGGUAUCCUGAGCUUCAUCCUGGACAGCCUCUUGUCAGGUCGAGUCGAAGAUGCUAUCAUAUGUCCCGUGAGCACGCAGUACGACAAAGUUAUCGAGACAGAAGGCUACGUCACGGAGCUUUUGGGCGUUCCUAAAAAGAAGGAAAAUUUGGCCGAUUUUUUGAGUGGCGGUUCGUCCGUCUUGUCUUUGCGACUAGGAAGGGUAGACGUUCGUUUCCACGAGCCUUGGAGUUUACGUAAGUAUAUCGACGAACAGUUGACAAAACUCGCCGUAUCACCUACCACUUUACGAUUUGAUGUCAAGAGCCCGGAAAACGCCGCUAUCAAACAGAAGCUGCUAAGAACUAUGGGAUACAAAGUUCUAUCGGACAUCAACAACGUGUCCGUGGUAAUGCCAACGGCUUUGAUCGGAACCGUAUUGCUUACCCUAAGAGGUCGAGGCGUAGGUAUGUCAGAACUUAUGAGGAGGAUCGAAUGGCUCAUUGCCCGUGUGGGAGCAAAAGGGGGCCGUGUCGCACACUUUGGAAAUGCCCCAUUAUCUGAUGUCGUUGAACGAGGGUUGGAUGUCCUCGGAAAGGACCUAGUUGGCGUGGUUCAAGGACUAGCAGAGCCAACCUAUUAUGCAGUGGAUAGAUUUCAGCUCUCCUUUUAUCGAAACAUGACGAUUCACCUCUUUAUCUCAGAAGCACUCAUUAGCGCCAGCAUGUAUACACGUGUGAAGUUAGGUGGGGGCCCAGCUCAUCAGGAAAUAUCCUACAGUACCUUGCGAGAGCAAGUUCUGUUCCUUUCAUCGUUAUUCCGUGGGGAAUUCAUCUUUCCGGGUGAAGGAUUAGCAGCCAAUUUGGAGAAGACAUUGGUCGGAUUGGAAAACGACCGUGUACUUGACCUCAAGAGAGAUGAGCAAGGCGGUAUAUUAAGCAUCGGGCUUGCAAAUGAAGAAAGAGCCGCUGGUAGAGAAAACUACGACUUCUAUUGCUUCUUAAUCUGGCCAUUUAUCGAGUCUACUUGGCUUGCUGCUGUUUCGCUCAUGGGACUUACCCCUCCUCUCGAACAGAAAGAUGGCGACGCAAUUUGGAUUGAUGUUGCGAAGGCGCAAAAUACUACGCAACUACUAGGCAAAACUCUAUACCAUCAGGGCGACCUGAGCUAUUUUGAAGCUGUUAACAAGGAAACGCUGAAGAAUUCGUAUCAGCGCUUUGAAGAGGAAGGCAUCAUUUACGUUGUCAAAUCGAAAGAUUCGAAAACACCACCUCGCCUACGUCUCGCCUCUGAGUGGAUGCCCUCUCGUGACCCGACGAAGUCCGGUGCACUACAGCCAUCAGGUAGAUUGUGGAACUUCAUCGAGCGCAUUGCAGCGAGUAGACGGGAAGGGAAAAACCGGAGAGACGGCGCGACAGUUAGUACUCGCGUGCUCAGGCUGGCGGAUACCUUGGGGUCGAAGCUGUUUGAGGAAGCCACCAGUCCGGAAAGCAAAGCCGAGGCUAAGCUAAAUAAUGAAGAAGCGGCCAAGCUCAAGAGGGCCGUCAAAGCGGAGAGAAGGAGAAGACGGCUAGAGGGUAGGGCCCAUCUAUGAUCGAUGCGCUGCUUUGUAAAUACAAGACGUCCAUGUUUGAUAUUGAUAACACCAUCAAUUCCCGGUUUAUACCCAAUAUAAAGGGGCGCGACUCGGGGCGUUGUUAAAAUUUUGCUCUCUUCAACGCCGCCGUUCUCGGUUGAGCACAAACUAUCAAUCCCAAGGUGAGUCAACAGUUGACUCACCGUAUUACCACCACCAAUGAUUCCAUUCGAAAUCAUUAUUCUCAAUUGCUAAAACAGGGGCCUAUUCACAGUUUUAUAUUACUAAUCACCCAUUACACAUAUUUUGGAAGACUGGAAUUUGCAAAAGCCUUGAGGGGCAUAAUAUGGUGUAACGCCGACAAAGCAUUGAUAUCUCAUUCGUCGGCAGCAGAGACUCGUAGA